AUGGCUGGAGUACUAGCUGGGGAAUGUUCGUACAGUGAGAGCGGAGUUUCAUCACACUCGAGGAAUUCUCAUGAAAAGCAAGAAGAGGUUGCCCGCUGGUACUUUGGAAGGAAAGAAAUAGAAGAAAAUUCACCGUCAAGGUUGGAUGGUAUUGACUUAAAGAAGGAAACUUACCUCCGCAAAUCCUACUGUACAUUUUUGCAGGACUUGGGCAUGAGAUUGAAAGUUCCCCAGGUUACAAUAGCUACCGCGAUAAUCUUCUGUCAUCGAUUCUUCUUUCGUCAAUCACAUGCAAAGAAUGACAGAAGGACAAUUGCAACUGUAUGUAUGUUCCUUGCUGGAAAGGUUGAGGAAACACCACGGCCCUUGAAAGACGUUAUUUUUGUCUCCUAUGAGAUAAUAAACAAGAAGGAUCCUGGUGCUUCUCAGAAAAUCAAGCAAAAGGAAGUAUAUGAGCAACAAAAAGAGCUUGUACUAAACGGAGAAAAAAUUGUACUUUCUACAUUAGGCUUUGACCUCAAUGUUCACCAUCCUUAUAAACCCCUUGUAGAAGCAAUAAAGAAAUUUAAGGUUGCACAGAAUGCUCUUGCCCAAGUUGCAUGGAAUUUUGUUAAUGAUGGUCUGCGGACAUCACUCUGCCUGCAGUUUAAGCCUCAUCACAUCGCGGCUGGUGCAAUAUUUCUUGCGGCCAAGUUCCUUAAAGUGAAGUUACCAUCAGAUGGAGAGAAGGUUUGGUGGCAAGAAUUUGAUGUCACACCCCGACAAUUGGAGGAUGUUAGCAACCAAAUGCUUGAGCUUUAUGAACAAAACCAAAACCGUGUCCCUGUAUCUCAAGGAAGCGAAGUCGAAAGUAGUGUAGCUGGAGGGUCAGCUCAGCGGCCGGGAUCCAGAAAUGCAGCAUCAACUGAUGAGCAUGUUGGUUCUAGGCAAACAUCAGUACGUCCAACCCAUGAACAUUCAAAUUCUGAUAAUCAUGGGGGUUCAUCAAAAGGCGCUUUGAAUCAGAACAAUGAUAAUGGGGGUGGUGAGGCAGCUAAUAUUAGUGUCGAUCACAAAGAGGAGACAGAGAGAGAAACAAAAGAAAGUCAACAUCCAGAAAAUCAUCCAGCUCAUAAGGACAAUGUGAGGGAAGCCCCGCAUAACUCUAGACCUGUAGUUGAGGGGCCUGAGAAGGACAAUUCAGAAAGAGAGGGUGGAGAGCUUCAAGAUGAUGGCGCUGUUCAUAAAGCUAGAAAUCUUGAUACGGGUGAUGUCCCAAUCAGCCAAUCUCCAAAAGACUUGAAAUUGCUCCGAGAUAAGGUGAAGGCUAAACGAGAGAAGGCUAAGAAGUUGCUAGGUGAAAGGACGAGGAAAAAGGAUUUGAUGGAUGAGGAUGAUUUGAUUGAAAGAGAAUUGGAAGAUGUGGAACUAGCUGUUGAUGAUGAAGAGACGAAGCAAAGAAAAGUACAGAGCAGGCCAAAGGUCGACAACUCUGAUCUCAUGGGUAAAGAACAUGGUGAGAUUCUAGAUGUUAAAGGGGAAGUAAAAAAUACAGAGGAUGGCGAAAUGGUAAGCGAUGUGUCUGCGAUGAUGCACAGCCGAAAGAGAAAAAUGGGAAGCCCUCCUGAAAAGCAGUCAGAAGGAAAGAGACGCCACAGUUCUGAGAAUGGUGAAGAAGGCCACAAGACAAGCAGAGGGAAGUUAAAGUACUAUGCAUUAUCUAAACCGGGCAACAGUUUGAUUCUGCUAGGAAAAUUCCAGAUUCCCGGAAAAUGCUUACGAUUUCAGAGAUUCUCUGCGCUUUGCUUAUCAGCGAGCCGAGAAGAUGUAAGCCCAUCUGAAGAACUCGCCGUGAUACUUGAGGUUGAUGGAGUAAUGAUUGAUACAUGGUCAAGUAAUCGCCAGGCGUUCAAUGUAGCUUUUCAAAAGCUUGGGCUUGAUUGUGCAAAUUGGCCUGAACCAGUUUAUUCAGACCUGUUGAGAAAGGGUGCUGCUGAUGAAGAGAAAAUGUUGCUAUUGUAUUUCAACCAGAUUGGUUGGCCUUCCUCAUUGCCAACCAGUGAGAAAGAGAGUUUUGUAAAAAGUGUAUUGCGAGAAAAGAAAAAUGCAAUGAAUGAGUUUCUGAUGUCGAAAAGCUUACCUCUGAGAUCUGGAGUUCAAGAAUUUAUCGAUAAUGCAUACACGGAGAGAGUACCUGUUGCUAUCGUUACAGCCUAUUGCAAGAGCGGAGACAAAGUAGCCUUAUCCGUUGUUGAGAUGCUUGGCCAAGAAAGACUUUCGAAUGUAAAAGUUAUCGGAGACAAUGAAGUAGAACAGAGUAUGUAUGGACAACUUGUUCUUGGCAAAGGAAUUUCUUCAAGUCUAGAGGAGCAACUAGUGAAGGAAGUAAAAAAAGCAGCGUCCGCUGAGAAACAGAGGAUAGCAGAAGAAGUUGCAUCAAUGCUAAAGCUAAGUGUUGACAUUGACACAAGCUCAUCUGAGAGAUUGGAGAAAAUCGUUGUUGCUUUGCGUGCUGCUGCAGAAUAUGCUGGAUUACCUGUAAAAAACUGUGUACUUGUUGCUGGUAGUCAAUCUGGAGUUUCUGCUGCAAAGAUGAUAGGCAUGCCGUGUGUAGUUAUGCGAAGCAGUUUAACUGCAAGAGGUGAGUUUCCAUCAGCGAAAGGUGUAAUGGAUGGGUUUGGAGGUGCAGACCUAACAAUCCCAAAGCUUAGGAACAAGAUUAAGUCUUGA